UUCUCCAGGGCAUUCACAAGACCCCACCCUCUUCAGCAUUGAGUACCAGUGGUGUUCACAUGAGGAACCAGACAACCAGUGAGCAUUCCACCGCGUAAUAGUGAACAAGUCCUCGACGAAAGGCAAACACAAUCCAUUCACCUCCUCCACGCGGCUAAAAAUAAUUCAAAUGUUUGUGCAAUGACUUCCUGAAAAUGUGAAUACAAACCUAGACACCGGUGCUACCACUCGAUAAAAUGAACCCUCUGGUGAAGAGUCUCCCCUUUAUCCUGGUGCUCUCUCAGUGCACAGGAGUUAUAGAAAUUUCAAGUGCAAAGCCUGAGGUAAUCCCUGAUGUAGAACAACUGUUCAUUGAAGAGGGGGAACCACUCGAUAUCACUUGCUCGGGCAAUUUCAAGGAGAUAGAGUUCUAUUACCCCCAGGACACGGGGAUGAUAUCGACUUCAAGUGCUGUUCUUAAUUCCUGGGCGAUCGAUGGAAGACAUCAUAUCAAUUUCACGAGACCGACAACCGUCGCCGGUGAUACUGGAUAUUACGGUUGCGCCGAUCUCGAUGUCUACGUCGAUCAAGAUGUGCAUGAUCAACCCAACGUCAGGUGGAUGUACGUCUACGUCAGAUCGAAUUUGUCUCUGUUCGCGUCAAUGUCUGGUGAUGUUCACAUCAAGACUGGCGAAUCAGCAAUCCUCCCUUGUAGACCGACUUCGCCUGAUUAUCAUGUUCGCCUGGAAAAAUUGUCUGCCACGACACCGGAAAUCGGUGAAAAAAUGUCAUUCGAUCCCAGAAUCGGAUUUACACUCUAUCACGCAACUUUACACGAUAACGGCAUGUACACGUGCUUAAUAGAAACUGACGAGAACAUAUACGAUGUGACGUAUAUCCUGGAUGUCUCGGUCCCUCCGGAACUCGUACCACCGAUCGUGGAUAAAGCUCCACUGAAACAUGUAAUUCUUGGUCAAACACUUCGAGUGAAUUGCAGCAUUGAAAUAAAAGCUGGAGAAGGCUCGUACACAUUUAACUGGAGCGUGCCCCAAAAUCCCCGAUUCCAGAUCAAAUCGUAUCCAGAAAAAUUGUCUGAGACCUUGAGCAGGUAUACCGCAGAAAUGCAAAUUACUGAUGUCCGAAAUGAAGAUGCGGGAGAGUAUCAAUGCGUAUUGAUGACACACUACGGUCAAGCAUCGACGACAGCCCACUUGACGAUUCACGAUCCCAACAACAAAUUCAUCACCCUGACACCUCAGAAAGAGGAUAUGAAUUAUGUAUUGCAUGAAGGGAGAGAACUGACACUAGUGGUGAAAGUGGACGCUUAUCCAGCUCCAGUGCUGAUAUGGACAUUCAUCGAUGCUCGGCAGGAAGAGCACGAGGUGAACGCCUCAACGAGACACAAGAUUGUGACAACACCCGAGUCGACUAGACUGACGAUAAAGGACUUGAAGAUCACAGACAUGGGGAGCUACGUCCUGCGUGGCUUCAACGGGGACGAUUACUCACCUAAAAACAACAAGUCACUCGUUUUCUAUCUGGAAGUCACAUCAAGAGCCUAUGUCGACGACUUUCCACUUGAUGAAUAUUAUUUACCCAAUACGUGGAUGACCACAACGUGUCGUGCUGCUGCCUAUCCAGCACCAGACAUAGUCUGGUCAUUUCGACCAUUAAAUUCCGAGAUCGAGAUUCAUCCGAAUGCCACUGAAACAAAAAAAUUGACAGGCACCUCUUCAACUGUCAGCUUGUGGGUCAAUGCCAUUGGAUAUCUCAACUGCUCCUCAUGUAAUGAAUUCGGUUGUGACUUUUCCGCCCAAAGAAUUUCUGUGUCCGAGGUGAAAAGUGGAUUCGGUAUUAAGCUACCUGAACAGGAGAAAGUCCACACUGGAGAUGAUGUAGUGAUGAGAUGUGUCGCACCAAUUCAUAAUUACUCUUCUGAGGUGAAAUGGACGAGUGAGAAAUCACAAAUGGAAACGAACGAUCGAAUCAGCCUAGUGUACACUCAGUCAGAAUUUACGUACCAGAAUAUUCUGCGUAUUAAAUCCGUGAAAAUGACUGAUAGUAUUAUUUAUACAUGUAACGGAGAGACGCUUUCAGGCGGAACAACUGACGAAAGCUAUCAUCUUCGUGUUUUUGAAUCACAACCUCCUCGUAUGCUCAACGAGUCGAACUUGAAUAAAUCAGAAAUUGUUGAAACAAAUAAUUUGAAAGCUAUGACUUUACAUUGUUUCGUUAAAGGCGCACCUUCGCCUGUUAUUACCUGGUUAAAGGAUGGCAAACCGAUUGAUAUUCGUAAUGGAUCUGCAGCCGCUGAAGAUUAUUCAUUAAUGAAUAGAAAUCAAUCCCUUCAUAUUAGACACAUGCCGGAGCGAGUGAGUGGAACAUACAUGUGUGUCGCGAAGAACAAAAUGGGAGAAGUUUCCUCUUGGCAGAAGAUAACAGUCAAGAGUAAGGAAGUAUCGAAGGAUCUCAUUAUUCUGAUUAUUGUUCUGGUUGUUCUCGUCGUUGUUCUUGUUGUCUUCUUCUCUAUAAAGGUUCAUCGGGAGAAGGUCAUACGGAAGCAAUUGAUGGAGGCAGGUCUGACUCACUUCGAAGAGGGUGCGUUGGAGUGUCUGAACCCAGAAUUAACGGUUGAUGAUCAAGCCGAACUUCUGCCCUAUGAUAAAAAAUGGGAAUUUCCUCGGGAACGUCUGAAAUUCGGAAAGCAAUUGGGACAUGGUGCGUUCGGUGUUGUAAUGAAAGCUGAAGCCCAAGGAAUUAAUGAAGAGGAGGAAGUGACGACAGUUGCUGUAAAGAUGGUGAAACGCUCGACAGAAUCAAUUCACAUUCGAGCACUUGCCUCUGAACUCAAGAUCAUGGUUCACCUUGGAAAGCACUUGAACGUCGUUAAUCUACUUGGCGCAUGCACCAAGAAUAUUGCUAAACGGGAGUUAUUGGUAAUUGUUGAGUACUGCAGAUACGGUAACUUGCAUAAUUAUUUAUUGCGACACAGAUCGGACUUCGUCAAUCAAAUUGAUCCAGCCACGGGAAAAAUCGACGUGUCUAUUGGACUGGAGUUGUUGAAUCGCACUCUCAGCGUUGGUAGCAACAACAGGAUAAAAUAUGCGGCAUUAUCAUUUUCCCGCAGUCUUAGCAUGAAUUCGAGUGGUGAUUCAGGGCCAUACAGUCCAGGCCCUGAUUCCCAGGGUGUGAACAUGUCACCGGAUGGAAUGGUACUCAGCAAUAAUUCAGUUCAGCCUGCGUGGCGAUCGAAUUAUCGGGGUGAUUACAAGGACAGCAAUCUCAAGCCAAUCUGCACGCAGGAUUUGUUGUCCUGGGCAUUCCAGGUGGCCAGAGGAAUGGAGUACCUCAGUCAAAGAAGGGUACUUCAUGGGGACCUAGCAGCAAGGAAUAUUCUUCUCGCAGAAGACAAUAUCGUAAAAAUCUGCGACUUUGGACUAGCCAAGACAAUGUACAAAGAUGAUAAUUACAAGAAAAAGGGUGAUGCACCUCUGCCAAUCAAAUGGAUGGCGAUAGAAUCGAUAAGAGAUCGGGUAUUUUCGACUCAGUCAGAUAUUUGGUCGUUUGGAAUUGUUCUCUGGGAGUUCUUCACCCUUGCCAAGACUCCAUACCCAGGAAUGGAGGCCGAAAAGCAGUACACGAAGCUCAUCGAGGGGUACCGGAUGGAAAAGCCUGAGUACGCUACUGACGAAGUCUACGAUAUAAUGAUCGAGUGCUGGAAAGCAAAACCUACACUUCGGCCUUCGUUCACAGAGUUGGCUGAUAGCAUUGGAAACUUGCUGGAUGACAGUGUGAAGAUGCAUUAUGUGGACUUGAAUACACCGUAUAUGGACAUGAAUAUGUUGAUGACGAAGGAUUAUUUGACGAUGAUGUCAGCCCCUGACCAUGAGGCUCUGUCCUCACCAACCCACUACGUCAAUUCUCCGACUUUACCAGCUAGUACAGCUGAUGAUCCUUAUCUCUGUAUGACUCCGGCAGUAAAUAAAAAUGAGACUGACAUUUUCAGUCCACGAACCCCAGGUCAAGUGACCCACUUCGAAUUUCCAAUGGCUCGCAACGAGCAAAUUCUCUCUGACUCUGAUUCAGAAACUGUCGAGCUCUCUCCGAUGAUUAAGAAUGAUGAGGAUGAUAAUUAUCUACAGCCAAUAAAUGUCGCGGAACGCAGGGCGGAAUUCGCUAAACAACGACAAGCAAUGAAUAGGACAAGGUCGGGUCCGGUUAAGGAGAAGCCUGAGAGGGAUUCUGGGUACUGCAAUACUCCACGGAAUAUCAAGACUUUUCAUCACCAGGGGGGGAAGAUUGAAGAUGAAAUCGAUGGCGGGCUGACUCAUGAUAGGGGGAAGAGUGACUGCAAUCCUGGGAUUAUCCGGACUCAGGAUAAUUACGUUAAUAUGCCCAGGAACAAGAAUGAUUUGAGGAAGGAAACUCCUGACAGUUUUACAAAUCCUAGUUACGUAUUAAUUAAUACUGAUCUUCAGCCUCAAAUUUCAAGAGUUUGAGUUUUAAUUUUUUCUGAUAAAUUCGGAUAAAUUCAGAUUGAGUUCUGGUGUGAAUGAGAUUAUUUUGAGACCAAUAUUUGUGAUCAUUUCAAUCGUCCAUUUACGACUUAAUCGAUUAAUUAAUAAUUGAAACGGUCAAUUCUAAUGUUGGAAUUGGAAGUGGUUCAGGUGAAUUUAAAUGAAAUUUUAUAGUGAACGAGAUUAUUGUAUUUACUGUGAGGAAGUAUAUCUCUUCGUGCCAUUAAUAUUUUAAUACUAUUCAAUUGAACGAGCACUCGAUGUGCGUGCAAAUCUUCAUAUUUUAUUGACUGUUGGGCUAGAGUUGUUUCAGCCACAAAAAUUUUAAGAAUACUGUAACAUUUUUUUAAUGUCUAAAAAUGUAUAUUUUUUAAGGAGGUACUUAACUUUAUGUGAGAUUCUGUAAAAUUUUGUA